UGGAAAGCACUCGCAGCGCUUUUGCAACAUUCUCUCGGCCCCAAGUGUCCUUUGCCGGUGUUUAAGCGACGCGGCGGCGCGUUCCGACACGGAAGUCAUCGUCGGUAGGAGGAGAAGAGCAAGUUUGAGCGCCAAGUUGAAUCGCCUCCUCCCCGCUUGACGCGACCGUGCGUGGCGCGCAAGCCUGCAGCCCGCUCAUUGCGACCCGCCUGCCGCCGGCCUGCUGCCGCCAAACUCACGCCGAGCUCCUCCGAGACGAGACAACGAAAGCCAUCCAUCCGUUCCUUCGUCGAUGCACUGAUCGAUUCGAUUGAGUUCACGAUCGACAUUGAUUGUGACCGCGAGUGAACUUCAAGAGCAGCGUCUUGAGGUUGACUCCCCAGAAGAUAGCCGGCCUUGGGGCUAGAAUGCUGGCUAGUCGGGAAGAAAGUGAACAAGAAGCAGAGUGUGUUGCUAGCGAGGCGGCCAACGUGGGGACGUUGAGGCCGAGGAAGAGGAAAGCAGAUGUUGCCAUUCAUUUACAAGACGUGGAUGAGGACACAGCAGAUAUGACCAAGAAGAAGCUAAGAGACUCUGAGGCGGCGUGGAGGUCGGAGGAGGACGCCUACGGGAGCCCUCGGUGCUGGAGGUCCACGCUGGCGCGCGAGGACGAACAUCAGCAGCAGAUCACGUUGAUCAACGUCGGCUUCCCGCACUACAACUUGACGAACGUCUGCGCUACGCCCGUCCAUUGUGCGCCCCUGCCUGCGCUCUGCUGGGCGAGUAAGGACGUCGUGUGGAACAACAUGCUGGCCAAAGAUAAGACGUACACGCGCAACGUCAACAUGAUGGCCAAACAUCCUCACCUUCAGCCCAAGAUGAGAGCCGUUCUUCUCGACUGGCUCAUGGAGGUGAGCGAGGUGUACAAGCUCCACCGCGAGACGUACCACCUGGCUCAGGACUACUUUGACCGCUUCAUGGCCACGCAGAGCAACGUCUUCAAGUCCACGCUGCAGCUCAUCGGCAUCAGCUGCCUCUUCAUCGCAGCCAAAGUCGAGGAGAUGUACCCUCCCAAAGUGCACCUGUUUGCCUACGUGACGGACGAAGCUUGCACCGAGGAUGAUAUCCUCAGCAUGGAGAUCAUCAUCAUGAAGGAGCUAAAAUGGAGUCUGAGCCCGCAGACGCCCGUGUCCUGGCUCAACGUCUACAUGCAAGUAGCCUACCUCAAAGAGUCUGACCAGCUGCUCAUCCCCAAAUACCCGCAAGCCACCUUUGUUCAAAUAGCCGAGCUUCUUGAUGUGUGCAUGCUCGACAUGCGCUGCCUGGAGUUCUCCAACGGCAUCCUGGCCGCCUCCGCCCUCUUCCACUUUUCGUCUCUGGAGCUGGUGGAGAACGUAUCUGCAUUAAAGAGGGCGGAGCUGGAGGAGUGCGUACGGUGGAUGGUGCCGUUCGCCAUGGCGCUGCGGGAAUCCGGCGGCUCGCCCAUGAAAACUUUUGCCGCCGUGGCUGCGGAGGAUAUGCACAAUAUACAGACGUACGCACCCUACCUGACGUGGUUGGAAAAGGCGGCGUCCUACCAGGACGCCGACAUGGAGCGUCACCGCGGCGGCUGCCACGUACCGUCCGGCGUCCUCACCCCGCCACUCAGCAGCGAGAAGACGGACCAGAAUCCCGACGCGUCUACCGCCACACUGCAAGUGCCACCCAGGAUGCGCCAGGCCCAGUGCACGCUGGCCCCGUAGAGUCAGCGUUUUUUUUUUAAGGAAGGUUUUUGCGACUGGCUGCCAAUUUUUCAGGGGGUGCAUUUUCCAUCUUCAAGUGCCAGUCACAGGACGUCUUUUAUUGAACUCAAGUGUCUUAAUGGAGAAGAAAAAGGCGAGGGGGUGCCCACGGACUGAUCCUGGAGUCAGGAGACUCCGUGCUGCUACACAGCCGGGCUUUGCAUUAUGCGUGUGUGUGUGUGUGUAUGUAUGCAUGCAUUUGUGUGUGUGUGUGAUGCUGAUUUUAUGAGACAGAGCAUUGACUUGGCUAGCAAAGGGGCCAAGCGGGUUGAGCUUCAGAAGCGCAACCAGGCUACUCUCAGAUGUCGGGCUGGGCUUUGGGGUGUUUGGGUCAACCAGAGACUGGAAGCGCGACAGCGAGGCGGUUUGUUGGGAAACGUCAAUAUCGACAGCCUUAGUGUUAGUGACUCGAGUAUUUAACGUGAACUUUUAGCUUCCCCACCCUCAAUCUAACCACCAUCACCCAAAAAUGUUGGUGUGACUUUUACUUUUUAAAUGAAGUGCUGCUAUGUAUUUUCCAUUAAAGAUGUUUCUCAGCA